AUGCACCAGGUUACUGGUGAUCAGGAGGGCACAGUUAUUACGAAAACCUACGACUGGACAACAUUCUUGACAGAGUUUUUCCGAAAAUUCCCAGGCCUUAAGUCUAUACACCACUUCAGUUUCCAACAUGAGCAGCAGGGUGUACUAAAGUACAAGCAAUUCAUCGGGAGCGAGGAGAAAACCUUCUAUCUGUUGAAGAAAGUUCCUCCUCACAACACAAUGCCCGAGGUCAUCAAUCCGAAAGAACUAGAUGAUGCAGGAAGGCAUACUUGUUCAAAGAUGUCAGAGAAUUCUACAAUAAAAGAGCGCUAUAUGUGGGUUUGCAACUUCUCAGGGAAGCAUUCUGUGGAGUUUGUGAUAAUGUUGCAGAACCCAUCGCCACAUAAACACUUUGAAAUCUCCACCAUCAAGUUAUGGAAUUACAACAAAAGUCUCAAUGAACUUGAUAUUGGUGCCAAACAUGUUCGGAUAUUUGUCGGAGGUGAGCUUGUGUUUGAUGGAGACAUUGAGAAAGGUUGUGGAAAUCAAGUGUUUGACUACUGUUCUGUGAUAAACGUCUCAGGGAAAGACCGGAGAACUCUGUCAAAGGGACACCACUCUAGUGACAUGUCUCCUACAAACGGUCCGGACAGUGCGCGCAGUAUGAGUCGCUCGUCCCAGUCGUCGGCAUCAUCAUCGGGCUCGCACCCGUCGUCGGCCCGACAGAGACGGCGCCAGGAGAAGGGCGGCCACAUUAGAAGUGAAACCAGGACGAUGGAUCAUUCGACUAAUGGAAAUACGCCGCGACCGACGCAUGGGUCCGACCGAUCAGAAUCUAGUCCAGAGAAUCAAGAGUAUCAAGAUAAUUUUAAAAUGCCAGAGAAAGAGAGGGUUCAAAGACUCCAAGGAAAGCAAAUCGCUUGGCUGCCCGUCUGCAUGCAGGAACCUCAGAAACUGAUACCUCCAAGAGCUCAGAGAUUAAGACUUCAGUGUCCCAAGAAAAAUCAAACACCUGUCAAGUCAAACCGUGAGAAAGCUGAUACAGCCGUGAGCAGCUCGCCAUCAUUAGCCAGAAACUCGCCAUCGCUCGCCAGAGACUCGCCUCUUCACGACAAUCAGGAGCAAGAUGACAAGUCCAUGAUGCAAAAGCUGAAAGAUAUGAAACAAAAAGAACCUCAAAGAAAGAAAGAUAUUCCAACAUGGCUGAAAUCAGUUGAAAUCUCAGACAAUAUUUCACAGUCCAGAAGUGUUGUGUCAUCAUCACCAGACUCUAGCCGUACUGACAGCCGUGGCAAGAGCAGAAUGAAUAAUGAUCUACUUGAACCAAGUCCAAGAUCUGAUAUGGGAGAAGAGUUGGAUGAGAUAACUCCAAUGCAGAAGAUUCAGAAGAAGCGCUCACAGUGGAAGAAGACUCACGAGAAUCUCGAAGAAGAGUGGGGUGGUCUGAACUACUUCAACAAACAGCAGAAGGGCAGGUUGUCUGUCGACAUGGAAGAUUGCGACUUUGAUGAAUAUCUUAAAGACAUGGAGACACCAGUGGAUCCAUCAGAGCCUGAUGUAAAAGAUGAUCGUUGGACUGAUGAUGAUGAUGAGUUUGUGAUACCGGAGCUGCCCAGUGGUAAGGAGUUAGUAAUCAACAUCGUGACGACGUGGGGAGACCGUCACUACGUCGGCCUCACAGGAGUCGAUAUCUUCUCCAGCUCCGGAGAGGCCGUUCCCGUCAAAAAGAUAAUAGCAAAGCCUUUGGACAUCAACGAGCUGCCAGAGUACAACAAGGAUCCGCGAGUGGUAUCGAACAUCAUAGACGGUGUGAACCGGACGCGCGACGAUGUUCACAUGUGGCUGGCCCCAUUCACGCCCGGAGGCAACCACUACGUCUUCAUGUCGUUUGACAAACCUCACAAGAUAGCCAUGAUCAGGUUUUGGAAUUACAACAAGUCUCGUAUCCACUCAUACCGCGGUGCCAAAGAUGUGGUGGUCACUUUGGACGGCAAACAGAUCUUCAAAGGAGAGAUAGCCAGAGCCUGUGGAGGGAUUGAAGGGGGAACAGAGGCUUUUGGAGAUACCAUCUUGUUUACAAUGGAUGAAAACAUCUUGGAGCUGGUGUCUAAAAAUGAUGAGGCGUUUGAAGGAGACCUCUUUAGCAGUGAAGAGGAAGACAUUGAGAGACCCAGCACAGCCGACAAUGACAGCGAUGACCGACCCUUCACUAGAGCAGCUGGGGUUCCUCAGAAACCGGUUCCAGUCACGCCACGGCCUGGAACAAGUAUCACAACAUACGCUGGUGAUGUUCUUGUUUACAAAGCAAGAUCAAUAGAGUUGAACUUCACUGCGACAUGGGGAGAUCUUCACUACCUUGGUUUGACAGGGCUUGAGAUUGUAGGCAAGGAUGGCGACGCACUACCGCUCAACAUGAAAAUGAUCUCGGCCAAACCACGCGACCUGCACAGUUUACCUGGUCAUGAGAAGGAUGACAGAACACUUGACAAGUUGAUAGAUGGGACGAACAUCACAAACGCUGACGAGCACAUGUGGCUGGUUCCGUUCAACGAGGGAAACGACCACACGGUCACUGUGAGCUUCACCCAGCAGGUCCUGCUGUCCGGACUCAGAGUCUGGAACUACAACAAGAGUCCAGAAGACACUUACAGAGGGGCUCGAAUACUUCAUGUUAAGAUUGAUGGCCGCCAAGUGUCUCCAUCAGAAGGAUAUCUUGUGAGGAAGGGUACCGGAAACUGUCAUUUUGAUUUUGCACAAGAAAUCAACUUCCAGACAUACCAGGCUCCCCAGAAUAGUUACCCAGUUUCUAUGCCUGGUGAGGCUGGGUUAGAAUACGAAGUCGUACAGAUGCCAUGUGGAUUCAUUUAUCAGCUACAGUUAUUUUCCACGUGGGGAGACCAGUAUUAUAUUGGUUUGAAUGGACUGGAGUUUUACGAUUCAUGUUUCAAUCGUAUUCAGUUAAUGGACAAUAAUAUCACUGCAUAUCCUGACAGUGUGAAUGUGUUGGAAAAUGUGCAGAAUGACGUGCGAACUCCGGAUAAACUAAUUGACGGAGAGAACAGUACGAUGGAUGGAAGACACAUGUGGCUGGCUCCAAUCUUACCAGGAAUAAUGAAUCGUGUAUAUGUAAUAUUUGACCAGCCAACCAGCAUUUCAAUGAUAAAAGUGUGGAACUACAGCAAAUCACCAGCUCGGGGGACUAAAGAUUUUGCAUUAUUGGUUGAUGACCUACUCAUAUAUAAUGGCUGCCUCAAAAUGGUGACCCAAGGGGCGCGAGGAAUCUUGCCCACCUGCGAGGGAUCCCAACCAUACCAUACUGUGCUGUUCACAAACAACAAGGAAAUACUCAAGAGAGAGAAAACUACCAUCAUCAGUAACCAACCACAGGACCAGGAUGUACAGCUGUUAAAUGACAAGAAGAUUGUCACAAAAUACUCCGAUCCCAAAACAGCUCAGUCGGGGAAACCUGCCAAUCAGGCUCUUCGUCCCAAAACCAGUGUUUCUGUGAAGAAAAGAUGAUCCAUGCAUCCUGGUUUAUGAUCCAUGCAUCCUGGUUUCCAAUCCAUUCAUCUCAUCACGCAGCAUUCAAUUGAAAUCCAUUGUUAAAAAAAUCAUUUUAAAGUUGCUUUGCUACUUUGAUUACAGAUAAUGAUAAAGCAAAAAUAAUAUGUUGCCAGUCACAAAUAUCGGUCAGUGUUAAGUGGCCGGUUUACAUGGCCAUACCUAGCCUAAAGUGAAAAAGGAAGACAGUAUUCAACAGAAAUCAGUUACAGUAUAGAGGAUCUUCUUGAUCUACAGAAAAAGAUAACCUUUUUGUAUUUUGUGUGUGAGAGCAACUGUCCUCCCUCUUGCCCCCUCCCCACUAGGUACGGCCUGGGUUUAUUCAGUCUAGGAUGAUGGUGAAUACAAAAUAUCCUUGUAAUGUGUUGUGAAAUAUGCCAGUAGCAAUGGUGAAAACAUAACAUUUUAAAUUCCAGUGAUGUUUGUAAGUUUUGCAUCUAUCAAGUAAAACCAUUCGUGAAGUACAGUCAUACCAGCUCAGGUUGUUUUCUUUAUGAAUUUUGGAAAUCUGUGGUUUCUUAUCUAAAUUAAAAUAAGCAUUCUGUUUAACCAUUGUGCCAUUACAAUUCAUCAGAUGAAGACUUGCUGUGCUAGCACUGCAUACCAGCUGUGUGGUGGCAGCGUGUUGACCGUAUAAUGUUGAUAACGUAAAACCACCACACUGACUUCUCUCUGACCAGACAGAUGUGUGCCCAGGACAGCAUGCUUGAACUAUAAAAAUGAAAAUAAAUUAAAAUGAAAUGGAGUGAGGUUUUACUUCACUAGCUUAAAUGUGUAAUGGUUAAGCUAUCUGACUAAAGACUGGAAAGUACUGGGUAUGCACCCCAGUACUGGCUCCCACCCAGAGUGAGUUAACAAUUAGUGGACAGAUGUAAGGCCACUACACUGACUUCUCUUUCAAUAACCAUUAACAAGUAACCAUUAACCACUGUUCUGGACAGACAGCCCAGAUAGCUGAGGUGUGUGGUCAUGACAGCCUCCUUGAAUUUUAAUUGAACAUAAGCACAAAAAAAAGAAAUAUGAAGAAACCUGAAAAAGUACUAAAACUGGCUUUGUUAUAUCUACUGAUGGCACGACUUCAGAUCCAGAUCAGGAUCUUCACCAUCACCAUCCGUCUGACGAGGACUACGAUGAUGAUGAUGACGUCUCAUGUUAAAAUGAAAUUGGAGUGAAAACAAAUUUACUGUUGACACACUGCUUUUGUGUGUCAUGGAUAUGCACGUUUCUCUAGAAUGUGACUAAUUGUGGUCUCUGUACAAUCUGGUUAAAGAUGGAUCUUAAACUACCGGUAAUAAAGAGAAAGCAUUGUGGAUUUCAAGAUCUGGUUAGGGAUUUUCGAAGUUAUCUUAGCGUUAUCAUAAAACCAUUGUAGGCUAUGACAUCAAUACAGUAGACACAAUAGUGACGUCAUAGUUUACAAUUGUUUUACGAUUUUGUAGUGCUAAUGUAGCUUCAACAUAUGGACCCUGGGCCUGUGCUUAUUAAACUUUAUAAGAGUCCAGACUCAAUCUCUAAUGACGUCACACACAUACAAUUUGUAUGGAGUUGUCAUGACAUUAGUGUCUCAGACUCCGUUAGAGUCUCGUGUCUAGACCCUAAAACGUUUUAUAAGCACCAGGCCUGGUGUCUAAUUAAGAAAGCUGUUUGAAGUAACAUCGCAUUAUCCUUACAAGUCUUUUUGCAUUGCGCUAUGGGAUCGCAAAGUUGCUACAGUUGAGUGAAUUAGGUACUGGUUUUAAUGAGGUUUGUUGUUUGAGUUGUUGAAAAUGUGAACUAUAUCAAUUGUCAGUAAUGUUAUUUUGUGAUGAGAAGUUGUACAUUGUAUAUAGCUAGACUGUGAUACGUUGGAGUAACAAAAGUUUAUUGUGGCUAUAUCAUAAUACAUGGACAAAAUUAUGGUCUCAACUGUUUUGGAUUUUUUUCUAAAAUAAUAGAAGAAAUGUUAUUUUGUGUGCACAAAAUAAAACCCACAUUAAUGUAUUGUGUUCAAAUGGAUUAAAGUCAUAAUAGCUAUUUUUAGCACAUUAAAAAAAGGGACUGAAGCUGAAAGUAAUUUAUAUACAAUGAAUAUAAUUAUGUUGUAUAUCAAGUGUUAUUUUUUUAUGUCAGCAGUAUAUGUGGAUGUUUAAAUGAAUACUGGGACGGAGACAAAAGAAUAUUCUUUUGGACAGAAGGAUAUUCUAAUUGUUAUAAUUAAGACUAUUCCAUAAAUUAUUACAUGAAGUGAAGGUUGGGGGGAGGGGGUGGCGUGAAAGGUACCACAGUUGUACAAAAUAUAUUAUACAGUCGGCCUCUGGUCAGACCAAAGUUACAAAAUUGAUGCAGCAAUUCGAGGUUGGAUUUGGGGUUUUUUCUUCUCAUUUCUGUCUUUUUUCUUUUUUUUCUAAUGUCCUCCUCAUUUGCCUUGAUCCCUCCUCAUUGGCCAUGGUGUCCCUCCAUUGACCUUGGUACCUUAAAUGUUUUCCAUCACAUUUUCCAUAUAGCAAAGGUAACUUUAAUGACUGACCCAAAUGACCUCGUUUGGAACCAAAAUGUGUAUCAGCAUUAUUUCUGGUAUAGAUGGCGCUAUUGUAGCUACCGUGGAAAUUUGAAUUUUUUUUUAGAUGUUGAUGUGUAGGAUUAAAAUCGACACACGCACUGACCUCCGACCAGCAAUGUAUUUUGUGUGGCCUUACUGUAAAUUGGGGAAAAAAAUAAAGACAUAAAUUUACUGUUGUUCAUAACCACCCUCACGUCAUGAAAUGUAUAUGCAUGCAUUACAGAUACAUUUGUACCAAUGGUUGUGUAAAUUAUGGUUGUGAAAUUUACACGUGAACAUGCAAUAAGGUGCUUUUCUUUUCAUUUUUUGAUUCAAAUAGAAUCAUAUAUUGUGAGCGAUGAGUAUAUUUUUUAAAAUUACCUUUCCCCGGAUGACUAUAAGUCGGAAUAACCACGUUUGACAUCCAAUGGUCUAUAAUAAUCAAUAUGCUCCAGUGGUGUCAUUAAAUAAAACAAACUUUUUGACCAGUUGUGGUGCACUGGUUGGAACAAGAAACCCAAAAAACAAUUAGCCGAAUGGAUCCACCGAGGUGGUUUGAUCCUGUAACACAAGCACCUAAAGCGAGCACUCAACCGACUUGAGAUAAAUCCCGACACACACACGUCUCGAGAGCAAACUUGCCACAUUUUCUAUUAUAUCUUUUGUAUGCCCAGUGGUAAUGUGCUUGCUUGAUGUGUAGUCAGUUUGGGAUUGAUCUCCUUCGGUGGGCCCAUUGGGCUAUUUCUUGUUCCAGCCAGUGCAACACGACUGGAAAAUCAAAGGCUGAGUAUGUGCUAUCCUGUCUAGGAUGGUACAUAUAAAAGAUCCCUUUCAUUUUUUGAUUCAAAUAGAAUCAUAUAUUGUGAGCGAUGAGUAUAUUUUUUAAAAUUACCUUUCCCCUUGUGAUCAAUUCUGGAAUAGUAGUCCUACUUAUUAUUUUACUGUUAUGAGGUCACUAAUUUUUUCGGGUUAGUGAAAAACUUGGUGAGACUUUUUCAUGGUUACAGCUCUAUAGUCUGAAGGUUCAACACUAACCAUAACCCUAACCCUAGGUUCAGUAGUCUGAAGGUUCAGUAGUCCAAAAGUCCAAAAUUAAAAUGGAUGUGUAUAUUUGUAGGCUAUAUGAGACAGUAAAUAAAAUAAUAUAAAUCCUUUGCCUCCUUUAUUAGGCCAACAUUUAUCUACAUUUUGUUACUUGUAGUAAGCCCCACCAAAACAAACCAAAAUAUCAUACUCUUGGCACCAAUAUUGAUGGUUAUAUAUAUAUAUAUAUAUAUAUAUAUAUAUAUAUAUAUAUAUAUAUAUAUAUAUAUAUAUUAUAAAAAAAGUAGUUUUAAUGUCCAGCUUUUAUAUUUUAUGUACCAUUGUGUCUUUUUAAAGUUUAUGUUGUUAAUAUUCUGUUAAUCAUGUAUUUACAACAAAACAAAAAAACACUGACAAAAAUCCAGGGGCCUAAUUCACAAAGCUCUCUUAGGCUCUGCUAGACAACAAAGCAUCCUCUUUGCAAGUCUUUUAGCAUUGCACUGCGAGAUCGCAAAGUUGCAAGAGUUUAGUGAAUUAGGCCCCUGAUCCAUACAUGUAGAUCAUCCAGAUUAUAUUUUUUACUUAACUUCACUGAUUAAUUCAAUCCUUAUUUAUUCAUUUAAUAUGUUCCUGCUAGGAAAUCCCAGUCAGAUAACUUUACAUUCAUGUUAAAAUUUGAAAUUUGUUUUCAUGAUACAAUGUACAUAAAUUACCAAAAUACAGGGCUUCUAGAUUAUGGUAGCCCCCACUCCCAUGGCUAGUGACAUUCAAUUUUGGGCUAGUAAAUAACUACUUUUU